AUGCUGCGGCUCUAUCUACGCUCUCGCCCCGCUGUCCGCGGCGCCCUGCACACGACGGCUGGCUUUGGAGGCGCCAGCUACAUCAGCCUGAGCCUGUCGACGCCCAUCAAGAUCGGCGACGGCGACAAGAGCAGCAGCAGCAGCAGCACCACCACCACCAGCAGCACCACCACCACCACCAACACCACCACCACCACCACCACCACCACCAUGGCCGCCCACGAGGACAGCGCCGACGGCGAGCUGCGGGCCAAGACGCAGCAGAGCCCGCUGGCGUCGCAGCGACAGGCCGCCAAGUGGUUUCCGCUGAGUGCGUCCGACGGCUUCUCGCAAUGGUGGGCCGGCCUCUCCCCCAUGGCCACGGAGCACCGCGUCCUCUCCUUCAUCCCCCACCUGCAGAGCCCCCCCACACAUACGCAGACGGGCGCCGCGCCCGCCUCGACCGACCCCAGCGCAGCCCCGCCCCCGCUCGCCGAGGACCACACCACCACCGACGCCCGCACCGACCCGUACGGCCCGCGCCGAUGGAACUCGCAGAUGGUCGAGCUGAGCGGCAAGGGGCGCGCCCUCAACGAGUUCAGCGUCGAGCGCCUCGGCGAGCACGUCGACGAGAACCUGGUCAUGCUGCACGGCUACGGCGCCGGCCUGGGCUUCUUCUACCGCAACUUCGAGGCCCUGUCGCGCGCCGAGGGCUGGAAGGUCUACGCCCUCGACCUGCUCGGCAUGGGCCGCAGCAGCCGCUCGCCCUUCAAGAUCCACGCAACCGACAAGCACGCCAAGAUCGCAGAGGCCGAGUCCUUCUUCGUCGACGCCCUCGAGGAGUGGCGCAUCAAGCGCGGGCUCGACCGCUUCACCCUGCUCGGCCACAGCCUGGGCGGCUACCUCGCCGUCGCCUACGCCCUCAAGUACCCGGGCCACCUGAACAAGCUGAUCCUCGCGAGCCCAGUCGGCAUUCCCGAGGACCCCUACGCCGCCCGCGAGGACACGCCCGACCCAAGCCACUCCACCAUGGUCAAUGAAUUCACCCAGGACGCCUCGGCCACACGCAACGGCGUCCAGCCCUCGACCGCAGACAACAACAACUUGCUCAACCAGGCGAAGAAGAAGCAGGAGAUGCCCAACCAGCCGCCCCGCAGACGCAUGCCCGGCUGGCUGACCUACCUGUGGGAGGCCAACGUCCUAUCUCCCUUUUCCUUUGUCCGCUGGAGCGGCCCGCUCGGCCCCCGCCUGGUCUCAGGCUGGACAAGCCGGCGCUUCUCCCAGCUACCCGAGGAGGAAGCGCAGGCCCUGCACGACUACAGCUACGCCCUGUUCCGGCAGCGCGGCAGCUCCGAGUACGCGCUGGGCUACCUCCUGGCACCCGGCGCCUUUGCCCGCUCGCCCCUCAUCCGCCGCAUCCACGGCGUCGGACGGCAGUGGAUUGGCCCGCACGCCACACCCUCUGUAGACGGCGACGAGGCACCCAAGCCCUCAUCCUCAUCGUCAUCGUCAUCGUCAUCCCCGUCUUCCCCCUCUCAGCCCCCACAGCGGGAAUCCGGCUUCCCCAUCAUCUUCAUGUACGGCGAAAACGACUGGAUGGACGUAGCCGGGGGCCACGCCGCCGUGCAGCGAAUCCACCAAGAACGCGACCGAGUCCUCGCCGGCAAGAGUCGCGAGGAACGCGAGCAGGACCGCGCCAGCGCCAAAGUGGUCAUCAUCGACAAGGCAGGACACCAUGUCUAUCUCGAUGGCUGGGAGCAAUUCAACAACGUCAUGCUGGCGGAGAUGGAGGAUACAAGGGGGAAGGGUAGGGGGUGA